AUGGAGAAGAAGUUGUACUCCGCAGACAACGAGUACUAUAAGCUUCUUGCUACCGACUUGGUGGCUCAGAAUGUUGGCUUGGAUGUGUUUGUAGUAGCCACUACUUCGGUCGAUGUCUCUAACAUUGGCUGGUUAGCCUCCGUUACAGGAGGAAGCAUAUACAAGUGGGCAAACUUUAACUUUGAGCGUGAUGGUAGAUCCCUUACUUCUCAAAUUGUCAAUUCUGUGAAGAAAUGCACAGGUUACAAGGGCCAAUUGAAGUUGAGAUGCUCAAACGGGCUCCAGGUUUCUCAGUAUUACGGUUUCCCAUCCAACAGCGAUACUGUGGUUGGUUUAUCAUCAUCGCUGCCUGAUCCUGUGAUCCCAGUCCUCAACGAAGACCAGACAUUCACAGUGUUGCUCGAAUAUGACGGUACUUUGAACACUAAGUAUGACUGUCACUUUCAAGCCGCCUUGUUGUACACUGACCCUCAAGGUGUGAGAAAAGUGAGAGUGAUCAACUUAGUUCUCGCUGUAAGUGAACGUUUGCAGGAUGUUUUUAAUUUUGUUGAUCAAGACGCAGUGGUCACCACCAUUGUUCGUGACACUUUGUCAUUUGUUGGAAAGGAAUCAAUUUCUGAGUUGAGGAAGUCCGUCAACGAGAAACUCGUAGACGUGUUUACUCUGUACCGUGCCAUGAGUGAGGAAAACCACAACAGAAACGCAACUUUGACUAACCAGUUAAUUUUCCCGGACUCCCUCAAGCAUCUUCCAGCAUACUUCUUAGCACUUGAUAAAUCAAAAGCUCUUAGAGACUCUACGGCUGUUCAUGUCGAUGCUCGUUUGUGUGAUGUCUUCCAGAUGUUAUACAUGCCAGUUGAAAGAUUGGUUUAUCACUUGUAUCCUGCCAUGGUAGAGUUGCACUCCAUGUUGGAUGACGAUGCACUCAUCAUUGACGAUGCGGGCAACACCAGCGGAUUCAUGAAGGUUCCCGAGUACAAGCCGUUGACUAAUGCAAGCUUGGACAGCGGAGUAUACAUCUUGUGCAAUGGCUCAACUAUUUACGUUAGAGUUCACCCAGACACUAACAGGCUCCUUCUCAAAGAUCUAUUUGGAGACCACGUGGAGACGGUUAACGACAUUGAUCCGUUGAUCGACUCAUUGCCUGAACUACCAACCCACAUAUCCCAACAGGCACGUCAUCUUGUGAAGUACUUUCAGGAGCAUCUCAUUGGCUCGUGCUCCAUUGGUAACUCAGCUAUUCAAGUUGUCCGAGACGGAAUUGACAGUCUUUCUUACGAAUUCAGAGAAUGCUUGGUUGAGGACCACCUUCCAUCAAAAACAGUUAACACUUCUCCAAGCUAUCCUGAAUUUUUGCAAUCCUUGCAUGGUGCUAUCAGAGGUAAGGUCGAAUUCGAAAAAAAGAAUCUUAAGCGAACUACUAACGUGCAACAUCUGCAUGAUACGCUUGCACAAAGAUUAAUUCAUUUCUGA